AUGCGUUCUUCAAUCUUAAAGCGAAACCAACAAGUGCUGCGCAUCUGCGAAAUACCCCCACGUCGCAGCUUUGCCACAAAUUCUUCAAGAAACCCGCCACCUCCUCCACCACUCUGCCAGUCCUGCAGUAGAAGGUUAUCCCGGCCAGAGGCUCAAUCCGCACCUCAACGGCGCUGGCAAAGCUCUUCCACGAUUUCAAAAGAAGCUCCGUUCGAGACCUCAGCACCAAUUCCCCAAACCCACUACGAAUUCUUCCCUCAAACCAUUCCCCAAGGCCCUCCACCAACAGGCCCCUUCCACAUCGACCCCCGGACCCUUCGCAAAGAAUUCCUACAGUUACAAGCUGUAGCGCACCCUGAUCGCCAUGCGUCACAUCUCAAGACACGAGCAGAAGCUACGUCGGCGCGCAUCAAUGAGGCCUAUAAGACGCUACAGAAUCCUUUACUACGAGCACAAUACCUGCUGAGUCUACGAGGCAUAGAUGUAGCGGAGGACGAAACAGCUAAGAUGGAUGAUCCGGAGUUGUUGAUGGAGGUGUUGGAUACGAGAGAAGAGAUUGAGGAGGCAGAAGAAGAGGGGGAUCUUGAAGGCCUGAAGAAGGUCAAUGAUGAAAGAAUUACUGCGAGUGAAAAGGUCCUCGAUAGCGCGUUCAAGGAAGAUGAUAUGGAGGGUGCCAAGGGAGAGGCUGUUAGGUUGAGGUAUUGGGUUAAUAUUAAAGAGAGUUUGGAUGCGUGGGAGAAGGGGAAGCCGGUUGUGCUUGUGCACUAG